CAGCCUCAUGCUCACCCUCGGCCCAUCCCUCGUGUCACCCCCGAAACCCUGAUUACGCGGCUCUCAGUUCCACGAUAGCUUGGAGGACCUUAUCGAUAUGCUUCGUAACGGCUAUCUGGGGACAUUUCCUCAAUCGGCAGAGAAGCAUGAUGAACGCAGAUGUUGAUGUCCAUUCUAACGAGUCUGAUCGGUGCCUUUCACGCAGCGCUAUACGCUGCGUGUCAGUUGCAAUGCGCCCUUAACCUUGAAAACGGAGGGAUUUUUGUGUUACCGGUAAUAUCGAUGAGAACUAGCCCUUUCUCGCCCAGAGUCAAAGUUGCAUGCCGAUCGAACAGGAUUUAUUUCGAGUCUAAUGUACUGAGUCUGAACAUGAAUAACGUGGACCAUGAUAACGAGGACAUGAGAGCAAUAGUGACCUCUGCCUGGUACUCGAACUUGGCUAAUCUUGCUCGCAUUCGGUCCAUUUCUGCUUGACAUUCGGCCAUAGCCUGCAAAAAUUGAUAAGUAAAUAGUGUAAUGACUCGGAAUUCUAAAAAGA